AGGGGUUAAGCGAGGAAACGCCUCUUAAGUAAGAGGUGGAAGGAACGUCUCUUAAAGGACGCGUGGCGACGCUUGAGUGGGUAAAGAGGAGUUGAACGAAAGCAGAGGUGAAAGGAAGGUAGGCAAAAAAAAAUGGAGUCACCGAAGAAGAUAGCUCAUGAGAUCGGCGAGAUCGGCGGUGUGAAGAGAGACGAUGUUCGGUUUGGUCUGAACGGCGUUAAGAGCGACAUCGUCGGAUCUCACCUAUUCAUCUAUUCAUCGUCGAAUCUUCACCCGAGGUUCCAGAGACCUUCUGGACCAAUUCCAUCGUCAAUGCUCGGUUUAGAAGUAGCCAUUGAUGACUUUGGUUUUGAGGAUUACUUGAAUGAUAAGGAUGAAGCUGGAACAGCUGCUGUUAAGACAGUUGAACUCGACGCAGUUCUCGGAGGCCGUGCUGUCCAACACCGGGAAAUCCAGGGUCACGAAUCUGACAGAUUCUUGUCUUACCAAGCGAUACUCCUGCGGUAUUCUUCUGCUCUGGUGCAGGGAGCUACUAAUGUGUUUUGGCAGUGGUAUUAAACUAAACGAAUCACUUUUAUUGAAUCAAGAAGUAGAACCAGACAAUGAGUAAGAGAACUGAUCUCAUACAAUCUGCUGAAGUGAAUCCAUAAUCUUGGUUUUACUUUAGUUAGUUCAUAAAGAAGAGACGAUAGUUCUGCUUUGUGAAAUAUAUAUGUACCAUACAUUUGCAACUUUCAUUCAAUGGUUGAUUCACAUGUUUUGUACUGUUGUUGUAUUGUUCUCUAUAUAUGUGUUUAUUCAGCUCGGUCA